AUGGAGGUUGAGAUGCAUAAUCAAAAUAAGGCUCCAGAGGAUGUCGAGGUUGAUAUAAUAGGAUUAGGAUGCACAAAUAAUAACGACACCACAACAGUUAAAAUUGAGGAUCCGGAUGCAACUGAAUGUUCCAGCUCAUUUGCUGACACCACAUCUGAUACCGAUAAAUGUUCUGGAUUUAGUGAUGCUGAAGUGGAAUCUCAGUUCGUUGGUGAUGCCGCUUUUGGAUCUGCUUACGAACCAUUUAGCAGCUUGUUUCAUAUAAGGAAGAAGAGGCUGACAAGCCAUUGGAGGAACUUCAUUCGGCCUCUCAUGUGGCGCUGCAAAUGGACAGAACUGAGAAUCAAACAAAUCGAGUCUCAAGCAGGAAAAUACACCAGAGAACUUUCAGCAUACAAUCAGAGGAAGUUUCCUGGAAUUGAUCAAUCUGCACUGGAAGGUUUUGGUUCAAAGUCAUUGCCAUUUUCUAGUCAAUAUAACCGUAAAAAGGCCAUCAAGCGGAGGAGAAGAAAGAGAAUUGAAGAGGCAACCGAUGUAGCCUCAUACAUGUCAUGUCACAACUUAUUUUCGUAUUUUGGUACGAGCUUUUCCUUUAUUCUUUAUCAUUGUUGUUCAAGUGUUUUUCUUGUCUAUCCUAUUGAUCCUAGGAAAUCAAAUAUUUCCCAAGCUGAUACGGACCAACAUACUGAUUGCAAUGAUAAAUUCGGCAUUAAUAACGAUGGAUUGUUUUUCAAGUUCAGAGAUGAAAAUAAUUCCUUGGAGCAAGUUCUUAGGAAGAUUGAAAUUGUGCAUGCUAAGGUUCAGAAACUCAGGAAUCAACUUGAUCAAGUGAUGUCCAAAAAUGUUUCGAAGUUUUCUUCUUCUGAGAAUUUAAGCUUUCUUGUUGCUUGUGAUGCUCAAACCAGCUCUGCUCCUAGCCCUACAUUUUCAGCUGGCAACGGAGACACAAGAUCCGUCGAACCUGCAUUUUUCUCAACUCAACAAAUUUGCAAAUAUGCUGGAGAUAUGGCUAUGUCUGCAUGUGCCAUUUCAAGCUACGGAGAGGCUUUCCAUGUCCCUGAUAUAAUUGAAAGCACUGUCGGAUUAUUGUCGUCUGCUGAAGUUACUUGCCACCAGCCACCACUUGUAGACUCGUGCGAAGACAUUGUGGAAAAUGUUCUGAUGCAGAAUGAAGGAAAUGCCGGAGAUAAACAAGCUUUAACGGCGACAAACGGUCAAUCCACAAAGCAACAUCAUCAAACCGAGAAACUAGAAGAAGGAGAGAGCUCCAAUCCUUCUCGUAUCGCAACAUCGGAACCUAAUAACGCGGCAAAAAAAGCUGUGUCUCAGGAGCAAUCAAUUCUGAGAUUAUGUCUAGCUUCUUUCCCUAAGAGCAAAAGAAACCGAGGGGAACGGAAAGCCGGUCCCGUCGGUUGGAGCAGGAAACCUUCAGGUGAGCCUGAUAAUAGCCAAUGACUUCAUUUCUGAUGGUCCACUAAGUUUGGCAGG